GCCCCGGUUCCGGCAUGGAGCGCAGGAACGUCCUGGUGGUGCUCGAUGUCCUCUGCGUGGUGGUCGCCGCGCUGCCCUUCUUCAUCCUCACGCUGGUCAACUCCCCGUACAAGCGGGGCUUCUACUGCAGCGAUGACUCCAUCCGCUACCCGUACAAGCCAGACACCAUCACGCACGGCCUCAUGGCCAGCGUCACCAUCACCUGCACCGUCCUCAUUGUCUCGGUGGGGGAGGCCUAUCUGGUCUACACGGAGCGCCUCUACUCCAGGUCCGAGUUCAACAACUACGUGGCCGCCCUCUACAAGGUGCUGGGGACCUUCCUCUUCGGGGCGGCCGUGAGCCAGUCGCUCACCGACCUGGCCAAGUACAUGAUCGGCCGCCUGCGGCCCAACUUCCUGGCCGUCUGCAACCCCGACUGGUCCCGCGUCAACUGCUCGGGCUACGUGCAGCUGGAGAGCGUCUGCCGCGGCACGGGCGGGAACGUCACCGAGUCCAGGCUCUCCUUCUACUCGGGGCACUCCUCCUUCGGCAUGUACUGCAUGGUGUUCCUGGCGCUCUACGUGCAGGCCCGCCUGGUGUGGAAGGGGGCCCGCCUGCUGCGCCCCACCAUCCAGUUCUUCCUCAUCGCCUUCGCCAUCUACGUGGGCUACACCCGCGUCUCCGACUACAAGCACCACUGGAGCGACGUGCUGGCGGGGCUGCUCCAGGGAGCCCUCAUCGCCGUCCUCAUCGUCCGCUACGUCUCCGACUUCUUCAAGCAGCGGCCCCCGCUGCGGUGCGAGGAGAAGGAUGCCGAGCGCAAGCCCAGCCUCCCCCUCGCCAUGAGCGACCCUGACCGCAAUCACUACAACUACCGGGGCACCCCGUGAGCUGCAGGGAGCCGUGGGGGGCCCCGCGUGGGGACGGGUGACUGGACUGCAGCACCGUCCCACGGCAUCCCUGGCCUCCACAGCUGCUGUCCUCACCUCCCCACGUGCCCCAGCUCUUCCCACACAACCCAGCACAGGGCUCCCUGUCCUGGCGGGCGCUGGGAGGGCUGCCCUGUUCCCAGGUCGUGGGCCCUCUGGUGCCCCCUCCCCAUCUGGCCCUGUGCCCCUUCAUGGGGCUGGAUGGGGCAGGAGGUUGCGGGGGCUGCAACGGGAGCGGAGGCUGCAGGAGCAGAGC